AUGCAGACCAUUCGCACAGGUCUGCGGAAUGGAGUCAGAACGACUGCCUUGUCACAUCCACACCAGGUCGCGUCCAGUUCGCGGAUCGUGCUUUGGGAUGCCCGCCGCCAUGCUUCAGGACCAUUAGGCUGGCUUCGCGAUAGUCUAGCUAUGUCUGUGCGCAAGAAGAAUACAGAGGAAGAGGUUGCUGCGGCACGCAAAGCUGAAGCGGAGAAGGGCCAACUCAGCGUCUUCGAGUCCUUACCUGCUGCUUCUGGAGACGAAAAACUAGCUGGAGUUUCUGCUCAAACGUCAAAGAAGUAUACAGAGCAUAAGUAUUCAACGGCCAACUUCAAGAUCUCUCAUCGCAAGCUGAACAUGCUGGGCCGCCAAAUUUCAGGGAAGCCAAUUGACAUGGCGAUUCUACAAAUGCAGUUUAGCGAGAAGCGAGCAAGUAAGCGCCUUAAGAGCAUGCUGGCGGUGGCUAAGGACCAUGCGACGAGGCUGAAAGGAUUGCAAGAGAAACGGUUGGUCGUUGCCGAAGCAUGGGUGACCAAAGGGCCCAAGGUACUUAAACGCAUUGAGCCGAAAGGCCGUGGCAGAAUGGGAGUCCGCGAGCACCCAGAUUCGCGACUGCAUGUCAUCCUUAGAGAGGGCAAGACUAGGGUCGAGCUGCUCGAAAAAGAGCGCGCGCGGAAGCUGAAGAGGAUUAUAUCUGCUGGUAUUACCCGGGAAGAUGUUCCAAUUCGAAACCCUGGCCCGUCUUGGGCAUGGUAG